AUGACCUCGAUCCCACUCGACACCCAUCCUCACAUCCUGGACGCAAUCCUAGACCACGCGCCCUAUGAGUCUCUCCUCGUUCUCCGCGCGGCCUCUCGCGAACUGCGGGACAGAAUCGACCCACUCUUCGUCGGUCACAUCGCCUUCUUCGGGGAAGACAUUCGCGGAGCCUGGAAAGGGCGGCAGAUUCGCAUUCCGCGCGCAGAGUGGUGGGACGUUCCAGCCGUGGCGGAUGCAGUGCGUCUCGUCGACCUCUGCAGCGGAAUAGUUGGCGGAAGGGAAAUUCGGAAAGCCACGGGGGAGAUGGGGCGAUGCUGGUGCGGAAGGAAGGUUGAGGAUCCACUUGCUACCAAGCUGCACUGCGUUCAGGUCGUGCGCGAGUGGAGAGAGAUGCACUGGUGUGCUGAGAUCACGUCCCCGCGCCGUGUGUUCUUCCUCUCCGACAUGAAACACAACAAUGUAUCCCAACCUACCAUGGCGCCGACUGCCGUCUUCCACUGUGCGCCUGGGUCACUCUAUUGCCAAGGUGCCGGGCUUGGCGAGGUCAUCAUCCGCGCGCAGCCGAGCGACAGAAAUUUCCUAGACGCCGCCAUUCUCUCUUACGAUCUCGCGCGCCCAAUCUGCCUCGCCAAGCGGGUCACGCUCGUCGGCUUUGAAGAGCUGCCUUUCUUCCGUGCCUGGGCGGGCGAUGUGGACGUGCGCGAGAAGAUCAAGGGCAACGUCGCCGUUGAGCUCAUCUCCGAAUACUAUGUCGAGGAGGACGAAGCACCGGACAUCUUGGAACAACACUUGCGCUUCAUUACCGACGAAGAAUACCGCGCUGAGACUGACGAGGAGGUGUAUGCGCUCGAGACCUACAUGCAGCCACCGACUGUUGAGACAUGGCCUCAGCCGCGGCUACUGGAUGAUUCCGAGACUGGCAAGUCUGACAGGGAUGAAACAAGAUGA